UUCUUUUUAGUUGCCUGGAGAACAUGGAUCUCCCAGACCUCAACUACACCCCACCUGCAGAAGAUGAAGAUGAAAUGGACGAAGAUGUAAGAGAUGAGAUGGACGAAGAUGUAGGAGAUGCAAUUGUUCAAGGUGUUGAGCAAGCAGUUCAGAAAAGGGAUAUCCUAGAUGACAAGAAAAGAUAUGCUGCUUAUGUUGCAAUGCAUACAUUGUGCAUGAGUAGAGGGGGAAAGUUUAAGAGAGAUGACAAGAAAAAUAUUGCUGAUUUCUUUGGAGUGGGUGUCUGGAAUAUACAAAGGAUUUGGAAGAAAGCGAUGGAGCAAAUUGCUGAAGGUCUAGACGUAGAUGUUUCAGGUCAGAGGAAAGGAAAUUGUGGAAGAAAGCCGAAAGACAUCAAUCUAGAGCAAAUCCCUACCAUCCCACUAAACAGGAGGUCUACUAUCAGGUCACUUGCCUGGCAACUCGGGUGCAGCCCUACGACACUCCACCGGAAGUUCAUGCUCAAGUUGAUAAAGAGGCAUACAAAUUGUUUGAAGCCAGCUCUAAAUGAAAAGAACAAGAAGGAUAGAAUGAAAUUUUGCUUGUCAAUGCUCGAUGAGACAACAACACAAACUGAAAGGCCAAAAUUCAAGACCAUGCACAACAUUAUUCAUAUCGAUGAGAAAUGGUUCUAUAUGACCAAGAGAAAAAGGAACUAUUAUCUGUUGUAUGGGGAGGAAGAGCCUACAAGAACUCUGCAAAACGGCAGUUGUAUUGGAAAGGUUAUGUUCUUGACAGCGAUUGCUAGGCCGAGGUGGGAUAAUGAAGGAAAUGUGACCUUCUCUGGAAAACUUGGAAUUUGGCCGUUUGUGAAAGAAGUUCCGGCUCAAAGGAGAAGCGACAACAGGCCCAGAGGAACAUUGGAGACAAAGUCAAUAAAAGUCAACAGGCAAGUAAUGAGAGAGUUCAUGAUAGAGAACCUGCUGCCAGCAAUACAAGCAUCUUGGCCUGAGAAUGAUGCUGGGCAAACCAUCUAUAUACAGCAAGACAACGCUAAGCCUCAUAUCUUGCCUAAUGACCCAGAAUUUUUAGCAGCCGUGGAAAGAACUGGACUCGAUAUCAGACUAAUCCAACAACCUGCCAAUAGCCCUGAUCUGAAUGGCCUUGACCUUGGGUUCUUCAGCUCGUUGCAAUCUCUAACAGAUUGUUUAAGCCCUAGAACGCUUCAGGAUCUUAUCAAGGGUGUGCUAGAUGAAUUUGAAAACUAUGAUGUUUACAAGCUGAACAGAGUUUUCCUAUCUCUACAAGCUUGCAUGAUUGAAAUCUUGAACCAUGCAGGGGGCAAUGGGUAUAAAAUACCCCAUGCAAACAAGGAAAGGCUAGAGAACUUUGGGAUGCUACCUCCAAGACUUACAUGCCCUCAAGAGGUAUAUGCAAAUGCCCUGCACAAUCUUGGGAUAAUGGAGAGAGUUGCUUGUUGAGUUGCUUGUCGAGAUGCUAGUUCAGAUGCUUGAGGAGAUGCUU